AUCCUGCAGAGGGUGCUGAAGGGCUGCAGUCAGAGCAUGCUGUGCAGUUUGUCCCUCACUGCCUGUCAGUUCAUGGAGGAGCCGGGGAUGGCUGUGCAGAUCCGAGAGUCCAAACACCCGUACGACAACAACACCAACUUUGAGGACAAGGUGCACAUCCCGGGGGCCAUCUACCUGUCUGUGAAGUUCGACUCGCGCUGCUACACAGAGGAAGGCUGCGACGAGCUCAUCAUGUCCAGCAGCAGCGACUUCCUGCAGGACGUCCACAACUUCAGCGGCUCCCCGCAGAAAUGGGCCGAUUUUGAGAUUCCUGGUGACACCCUGUACUACAGAUUCAUGUCCGACAUGAGCAACACAGAGUGGGGCUACAAGUUCACCGUGACCGGAGGACACAGAGGACGCUUCCAGACCGGUUUUGAGAUCCUGAAGCAGAUGCUGGCGGAUGACCAGGUGCUCACUCACCUGCCGCUGGCUGACAUCUGGGAGUGGCAGGUGGGCGUGGCCUGUCGGCAGACUGGAAACCAGCGUCUCAAAGCCAUUCACCUGCUGCUCCGCCUCCUGCAGUGUCGGUCCCAGACAGCCUGCGAGCUGACGCUGCUGCGGCCUCUGUGGCAGCUCUUCAUGUCGAUGGAAAACAGCCUGAGCCAGGAUCCCACCAGCAUCACGGUGCUGCUGCCGCUCCACAGAGCCCUCACCGAGCUCUUCUUCAUCGCAGAGGCCCGGGCCAUCGCGCAGGGAAUCCUGCAGGAGUACCUGUUAGCCAUGACCACUGACGAGCAGCUCCUCAGUCACACCGCCAUG